AUGACAAAGAGCUCCCGAAAAUAUUCGUGCAAAUAUAAUUUGUAUGAAAGUUCAAAAAUUCUCGUUUUCAUGUUAGCAUUGGCUGGACUGCUGUCUCAAGCACCCACCACUAAUGGCGCAAAAAUACUCGCAGUCUAUGUAUUUCCGGGCGCCAGUCACUACCAGAUGCAUCGAACUCUGAUUAGCGAGUUGGUGAAACAUGGCCAUCAGGUCACCAUGAUAACCGCACUCACACUUGCGCCGCUCAAACUUGGCAGCAACUACACAGAGAUACUCAUUGAGCCCGAGUUCAAAUAUAUGGACCUUGGUAAAGAUCAGGGCGACACAAAUUCCGUUUAUGAAACGGAAAUGAGUCCGUCUUUUAUAAUGAAAAUGACUGAAAUGAUGGGUUUGGUGGUAUCCGAACAUACGCUAAAUGUGCCGAAGGUGCAAGCAAUUAUCAAUGCUAAACAAACUGAAGGCGUCUACGAUUUGCUGCUGGUAGAACAGUUAAACCAAGAAGCCUUUCUCGCCUUGGCUCACAUCUAUAAAAUACCCGUUGUCAGCUCUGCCACAUACGCGCAACAAAACUACAUGAGUCAGAUGUUUGGCAUAAUUUCGCCUUGGUCGUAUGUCCCUUCCGGGUUUCUACCACUAACUGAGCGCAUGAACUUUUGGGAACGAUGCACCAAUGCCUACUACUCACUUCGCAUGGAUCUACAACGCGAAUUUGAUUACUUUCCCAAAGUAGAUGCGCUUGUGCAGAAAUACUUUGGACAUUUGCCAAUUAAAUUCCCUAGCAGUUCGGCUAUGGAGAAGAAUCUGUCUGCCAUAUUCAUAAAUAACCACACACCCUUAGCCCCGGCGGCACCCACAAUCGAUAGCAUUAUUAAUGUUGGUGGCUUGCAUAUCUAUCCACCGAAGCCACUACCCACCGAUUUACAGAAAUUUCUGGAUGAGGCAGAGCAUGGCGCCAUUUACUUUAGCUUUGGUACCCAAGUUCAGGGCAAAGACAUGCCACUAGAAAAACUACGAAUGUUUAUCGAUGUUUUCCGUCAGCUAAAACAACGCGUCUUGUGGAAAUUCGAGAACGACAGCAUACCGAAUUUACCAGCCAAUGUUAUGACGAAAAAGUGGAUGCCACAAAAUGAUAUUUUAGCACACCCUAAUGUACGUGUUUUUAUCACCCACGGCGGACUUUUUGGUUCACAGGAAUCUGUGUACCAUGGAGUGCCAGUUUUGGGUAUGCCUUUCUUUUUCGAUCAGCAAUUAAAUCUUUUGCAAGCUCAGACUGCUGGCCGUGGCCUUUCUUUGGAUUUUCGUACGUUCACACGCGAAGAUUUGAAACAAGGUCUGGAGGAGUUACUCUAUAAUCCUAAAUACCUGGAUACUGCCAAACGGUUCUCGCGCAUUUUCCGCGAUCGUCCAAUGGGUCCCCGCGAGACUUUACUCUAUUGGAUCGACUAUGUUGUACGCCACAAUGGUGCACGUCAUUUGCGUGCCGCUGGCAUGGAUUUGAAAUGGUAUCAGUUCUACUUACUGGAUGUUGCUGCUCUGGUUGCGGCCGUGGUUGCAGCGGCAGUCGGAGUUUGUAUAUUAUCGCUGCGUUGGAUUUUACGAAGGAUUAGUGGUGGGAAAAGUAAACAAAAAGUGCAGUAAUAAAAUGGA